AUAGUCGUUGAUGCCGACUGAUUAAUAUAACAGAUGGUAACUUGUGGAGAAAAAGGACAGUUUAUUGAGAUCGUGUUGCUAGUGAGCACGUGAAUAUUCAUAAAAAUAGUUUAAAUUAAAUUAGGAACCAUAUUUUCAAUUUCUUGCAAUUGAAUUGCAUUUAGGAGACAAAGAGUAAUUUACUUUCAAAUAACAAAAAAAACAACUCUCAUCAUUUCCACAAGAUGGCGCUGAAACGAGUUCUAAUUGUGAAUAAAUCAUUUCCUGAAGUUGGAUUGGAGAUAUUAAAGAAGAAAGUAGAACCUAUCGUUGUGCCGCAUUUAGAUUACGAACCUGAGAGCUUGCCGGCAAUCAAGAAUGCUGUACACGGUUGCGACGCUAUUAUUUGGAACACAAAACAUCAGUUCACUGGGGAAAUACUGGAUCUUGCAGGUCCUAAAUUAAAGGCUAUUUCAACGAUGUCUUCUGGCACUGACCAUAUUAACCUAAAUGAAGUGUUCACACGCGGCCUGUUGCUAGGCAACACGCCACAUGUCCUUGACAAUUGCGUCGCAGAUAUCACUGUCGGUCUCCUGAUAGCAGCUGCUAGGAGAUUCAAAGAAGGGAUUGAUGAAAUUAUGAGCGGUGAAUGGAAGUACGGCGUGCAAUGGUCCCUCGGGCAGGAUAUCUCCGGGAGUACUGUCGGCGUCAUCGGGCUUGGUGGUAUCGGUCAAGCGGUGGUAAGGAGGCUGAAAGGCUUUGAUGUAGCUCGAUUUAUUUACUCUGGACGGAGUGAAAAGCCUGAAGCAAAGACUCUGGGUGUAGAGCGAGUGUCUUUGGAGCAGUUACUAAAAGAGAGCGACUUCGUGCUCCUCUCUUGUCCACUCACCGAUGAAACUAAACAUCUUAUCAACGCAACUACGUUAAAGUUAAUGAAGAGAAACGCCGUACUCGUUAAUAUCGGAAGAGGAGGUCUGGUUGAUCAAGAAGCUUUAUACGACGCACUCAAGGAAGGUCAGAUAUUCUCCGCGGGACUCGACGUGGUAACUCCCGAGCCGCUGCCCAAAGACCACCCUCUUCUUACAUUGCCCAAUUGCUUCAUAGUACCACAUCUGGGCAGUGCAACAAUUGCAACAAGAAAUGCAAUGGCGACAAUAUCAGCUAAUAACAUUCUGCAAGCGUUGGAAGGACAGCCAAUGAUGUAUCCAGUGUCAUAACCUAAAAAUAUUAAUCGAUUUUUUUUUCUAUCCAUAUUCAA